AUGCCUAUUAGAAAGCUAACAAACAUAUUCAACCAGAAUAGUUCUAGUAGUAGAGGGAAGAAAUCCCACUCUCCUCGACAGGACUCGGUAGAAUCACUAGACUCUCCCACUAACCCACCUUCUUUUUCCAGUGACUUAAACCUUUUGACAGAUAAUGAUGCUUCCAUGGAACACCAUACAAACACCAUAGUAUACGGUUCUAAUGAGGAAUUCAUAAGCAGUGACGAUAGUACAAGAGCAUUAAACAACCCUUUCAAUCCAGAACAUUAUCCAAUACUUGAUAGAGAAAAAAGAGAAAGCACUACCACAACGAAUACCUCCACUUCGCUAAGCAUAUCCUCUACUAGUGAUAUUUUAAAUAGCAAUUCAAACCAUGGGAGUAGUAACCAAACGGGCUCACAUUCGAGCUCAGGUAAUCAUACAGGACAUUCAAAUCAACACCGUAAUCAUCAUCAUCAUAAUAAUAAUAAUAAUAAUAGUUUACCUACUACAUCUGCUUUAAGUCCUCGUUCACCUUAUAUGGUGGAAGACUUAAACGAUCAAAGACAAGAGUACUCAGGCUAUUAUGCCAAGAGAAGUAGUAUUGCUAAUAAAGUACCCGAUAUAAACAAUACAACUGUGGAAGAAAUAGAAUCCAUACCUCCAAACGUGAUUAGAAAUAGUUAUAUGAAUAUAAAAACACCAGUAAUGAAUUCCAUGAACAGUUUCAGUAAUAUAAAUGGAACUUUUGCUAAUGCUAAUCCAGACUAUAAGACACCAAUAAGAACUUUAAUCAAUCAAGCUAAUAGUCCCUAUAACUUGAAAUAUUUACAAAACUCUCCAAACGUUUCUUCCCCAGAUAGCGUCAUUAUGCAAACCAAUGAUUACGAUAGAUACCCAGUUGUUGGUUCCAAGCAAGCGUUAUUGAAACAAUGGAAACAAAAUUCAAGUUCAAAUAAUAAUAUUAGUACUACCCCGGGAAAAUCUUCUUCAUAUUUAGAAAAAGAUGAAGUGCACUCCAUAAAUGAACCAUCCAUCAAUAAAGAUUUAACUGCAUCACCAUUCGGUGGUUAUCCAGCAACAUAUUUCCCCCUAACUUUAGAUGAAAAAGAAGAAGAUGAUUUCCUACAUAAUCCAAAUCCAGAAGAAGAGGCACGUCUUGAUAGACAUAGAUUUAGAGAAGAUUUUAAACAUAUGAGUUUACGUUCCUUUGGUGGUCUUGUAGGUUUACUAAUAUUAGUACUUGGUGGGUUAGCCUUAUUUGUCGUAUUACCAGCCUUAACUUUCACUGGUGCAACUAAUAUACAUGAUCAUCAUUCUAAUAAUUUAGUAUAUAUUAAUAAUGGUGACAAUUCAACAGAAGCCGUGGAACGUCUCACAAAUUACAAAUAUCCACAGUUGGCUGCCAUUAGAACAUAUUUGGUUGACCCAGAUACUCCCGCCUCAGCGAAGACAAGAUUAUCAAAAGACGGUGAAACUUGGCCAUUGGUAUUCUCAGAUGAAUUUAAUGCAGAGGGAAGAACUUUCUAUGAAGGUGAUGAUCAAUUCUGGACUGCACCAGAUAUUCAUUACGAUGCUACUAAGGAUUUGGAAUGGUACGCACCAGAUGCUGCCACUACAAGAAAUGGUACUUUACAGUUAAGAAUGGAUGCCUACAAAAACCAUGGAUUAUAUUAUAGAUCGGGUAUGUUGCAAAGUUGGAAUAAGGUUUGUUUCACUCAAGGUGCUCUAGAAAUUUCAGGUAAUUUACCAAAUUAUGGUCGUGUCACAGGGUUAUGGCCUGGUUUAUGGACAAUGGGUAAUUUAGCAAGACCAGGUUAUCUAGCUUCCACUGAAGGUCUAUGGCCUUAUAGUUAUGAAGAUUGUGACGCUGGUAUUACUCCAAAUCAAAGUUCUCCAGAUGGUAUUUCUUACUUACCGGGACAAAGAUUAAGUGUGUGUACAUGUGAUGGUGAAGAUCAUCCAAAUCAAGGUACAGGUAGAGGUGCUCCAGAAUUAGAUAUCAUUGAAGGUGAAGCCGAUACUACAUUAGGUGUAGGUAUAGCAUCUCAAUCUUUGCAAAUUGCUCCUUUUGAUAUUUGGUACAUCCCAGAUUAUGAUUUUAUUGAAGUCUAUAAUUUCACUACUACUCAAAUGAAUUCUUAUUGUGGUGGCCCUUUCCAACAAGCUGUCUCUGCUGUCUCCACCUUAAAUACAACAUGGUAUCAAUUCGGUGAAGAUGCAGGGUAUUUUCAAACAUAUUCCAUCGAAUAUUUAAAUGAUAACGACAAUGGUUAUAUAACUUGGUACGUUGGUGAUACAGCUACUUAUACAAUCUAUGCUACCGCAUUACACCCAAAUGGUAAUAUUGGUUGGAGAAGAAUUAGUAAGGAACCAAUGUCUAUCGUUAUGAACUUAGGUAUUUCCAAUAAUUGGGCUUAUAUUGAUUGGCAAAUGAUUUAUUUCCCAGUAACAUUCUCAAUUGAUUACGUUAGAUUAUAUCAACCAAAGGAUGCCAUUUCCAUCACUUGUGAUCCUGAAGAUUACCCAACUUACGAUUAUAUUCAAAAUCAUUUGAAUGCCUAUUCAAAUGCUAAUCUAACAAGUUGGACAGCUGCUGGUUAUUCCUUCCCAGAAAAUAUUUUGACAGGAAAUUGUAAGUCUUCAAAAUUUUCUUUUGAUAGUUGA